AAAAACAACAACAACACCAUCACCUCUCUCUCUCUCUCUAUCUCACCUCUCUCUCUCUCUCUCUCCAUUUACUUCAAUCCCCCCAAAUCCAAAGGAAGAGCUCUCUUCUCUCCUCAUCAAUGGACACCCCCCACUCUCUCUCUCUCCCCCCAUCUCCUUCCACAAGGUAAAAGAAACCAAAACCAAAAAAAAAAAAGGAAAAAAAAAGCUUCUUUUUUGGUUCUUUUUUUUAAAAAAAACCAUUUCAAUCUUCAUGGGAGGGGAGUUUUGGGCUGUUCCAGGUGAUAGGAUUUGUGGGUUUGUCUCAGAUUAUCAUCUAAAGCAGAAGAAGCAUCUGGGAUUAGAGCCUCUUUAUGUUCUCCCUCCCCCACCCCUUCUUUGUCCCAUUCAAAGAUUGCAACUUUUUCAAUACAUUAAUGCACACCCUCACCAUUAGUUCAACAAAAACCAUCUUUUUAAACCACUUUUUUUAGUUUUUUCCAUCCCAUUUGUGGAUCCAGAGCAAGGAUUCUGUGUGUAUGAUCCUUCAUUCAGAUGCCCACUUUGUAAAAAUGUCACCUUUUCCUCAUUCUUAGGUGAAAAAGUUCCCCUUUUUUUUGUAUUAGUGUGGUAAAUUCAUACAAUUUUUAGUUGUGAUUAGUAUUUAUAAUGUUUGGAGCACAAACACAUAGAGAACUCUCCCAUGAGUUCACCCCCACAUUGAGAAGAAGAAGAACAUUGUGGAACUCCCCCGCUGCCGCCUCCGCGUCCGCCUCCGCGGCGGCGGCGGCGGCGGCGGCGGCCGCGGCCAUAACCGCCGCUAAAAGAUCCAAUUCCAAUGUCCUGUUAUCAGUUAAAUUCGAGGACCUUUACGGUUUCACCGUCGAGGGCAAUGUCGACGAUGUGAAUGUCCUCAAUGAGGUGAGUGAGAGGAUAAGGCAACAAGGGAGGGUGUGGUGGGCACUCGAGGCGAGCAAGGGCGCAAAUUGGUACUUGCAGCCCCGGAUUUCGUCGAAUUCGGAAGGGAUUAGUGUGGCCUCUUUGAAGCUCUCGGUGCUCGCUAAUUCGAUCACGCUGAAGAGGCUCAUUCGGAAGGGGAUUCCGCCCGUUUUGCGGCCCAAGGUUUGGCUCUCGGUCUCCGGCGCCGCGAAGAAGCGGUCGACGGUGCCGGAGACGUAUUACGAUGAGCUGAUACGCGCAACCGAGGGUAAGGUCACCCCCGCCACACGGCAAAUCGAUCAUGAUCUGCCCCGGACUUUUCCGAGUCACCCAUGGUUGGACAGCGAGGAGGGUCAGGCGUCUCUUCGACGAGUACUCGUCGGAUAUUCUUUUCGAGACUCAGAAGUUGGAUAUUGCCAGGGUUUAAAUUACGUUGCUGCUCUACUACUGCUGGUAAUGAAGACCGAGGAGGACGCCUUUUGGAUGCUCGCCGUCCUCUUAGAAAAUGUGUUGGUGAACGAUUGCUACACCGAUAAUCUCUCGGGGUGCCAUGUCGAGCAACGGGUAUUCAAAGACCUGCUUGCGAAAAAAUGCCCCAGGAUAGCCGCUCAUUUGGAAGGUUUGGAGUUCGACGUAUCUCUUGUAGCGACUGAAUGGUUCCUGUGCCUCUUCUCUAAGAGCUUGCCUUCAGAGACAACUCUGCGGGUGUGGGAUGUUCUUUUCAACGAGGGCGCGAAAGUUUUGUUCCAUGUAGCUUUAGCAAUCUUCAAGAUGAGAGAAGAGGACUUGCUUCGCACCCAUCACAUCGGCGACGUAAUUGACAUUUUACAGACUACCACCCACCAUCUAUACGACCCCGACGAACUGCUCACCGUCGCGUUUGAUAAGAUCGGUUCCAUGACGACGAACACGAUAACGAAGGAAAGGAAGAAGCAGGAGCCGGCGGUCAUGGCCGAGCUCGACCAACGGCUCCGAAGGCUGAAUUCUAUCAAGUUGGAUGAAUGAUGAAGUCAGACAUAUCACAACAUGGGGUUUGGUUUUCUGCCACCCAACAACAACAACAACAACAACAACAGCAAAAGGAGUCCUUUUUUUUCUUUUUUCUUUUUUUCCUUUUUUUUUUGGAUCUUGAUGAACUACAUAUGGUUCAAGAUUUUGAGAAAAAUUUCUCUAUGAAUUAGGGCAUAGCAAUUGAUUGUAUCAACAAUCAUGUUAAUGUGUGGAAAUUGUUCAGUAUAAAAGAUGAGCCUUUUCAUUUGCAGUGGAA